UACGAGGCCGGCGACUGCAUCGGGACGGGCAGCUUUGGCAUCAUCCGCAAGGUCGUCAGGCGGCAUGACGGGCAGGUCCUCGCCCGCAAGGAGCUCAACUAUGGCCGCAUGGACGAGCGCGACCUCAAGCAGCUUACCGAGGAGGUCAACAUCCUCGAGAAGCUCGGCACCAACGACCACAUCGUGCGCUACUACGAGCGCUUUGUCGACAAGCCCUCAAGCAUGCUCUACAUCCUCAUGGAGUACUGCGCCGGCGGCGACCUCGCGGGCGUCAUCACGCGCUGCCGCAAGAACGGCCAGAGCCUGCCCGAGGACGUCGUGUGGACCUACCUCGCCCAGAUCACGCUCGCUCUCCACGACUGCCACUCGGAGAACGACAGCCAAGGCCGCAAGAAGCCCGUCAUCCUCCACCGCGACAUCAAGCCCGAGAACGUCUUCCUCGACGAGAACCACAACCUUAAGCUCGGCGACUUUGGGCUCAGCAAGGCGAUGGAGCAGGCCGCCAUGACCCAGACCUAUGUCGGCACGCCCUACUACAUGAGCCCCGAGCUCAUCAACGGCCAGCCGUACGACGUCAAGUCCGACAUCUGGGCCCUCGGCUGCCUCAUCUACGAGCUCUGCGCCGGACAUCCUCCUUUCCACGAGGCUCGCACGCAGCCCGAACUCGCCGUCCUCAUCCGCGAGGGCAAGAUUCCCGAGCUCCCCAAGGCGUACUCGCCUCGACUCGGCCAGGUCGUCAAGGCCAUGCUUCGUCAAAACCCGAAGCAACGCCCGAACACGGCGCAGCUC